AUGACCUUGUAGAAUAACCUUACUAAGAUAAAUUCUGCUAAGAAAUAUUUUAAGGACAAAAUAAGAGAUAAAGCAUACGUAAAAAGAAUGAACCAAGAAUGCUUAUUAUUGAACACCUCGGAGAGAACUCCCAAGUUUCCAUAAGAUCGUAGAAAAGAAACUUGUGAGAUUUUAGCUGAGGAGGUUAAAGGAAUUUCAAGAUUGGUAGACUUGUCUGAAUUGCAAGAUGGAUAACGAAACAAACGAGAUAUUCGGAAAUAUUGUAUUGAAGCAACUAGAUUAAUAUAACUCUGCAAAAGUAGACUUAAUGAGUUGAAGAUCAAACAUAUUUUGGAUAAUUGUCUAUCAAGAAGUCAAAAACAAAUAAGGUUAGUAAUCGAGGGAUUUUUCAUUCUCGUUUAAUGCAGGUUGGUUGUAGCAUGA